AUGGUUACUUGCGACCAAUACCAGAAUCACCUUCAGGAGACAGGCAAGCAGACUCCUAGCUUCCACGCCAGGGCUAAAUUGGAUAGGGAGACGAGGAAUAGAGCUGCUACAGUGUCUAUUGCCUCCCUGUUCAAUAGUCCACGUAAGCAAAACCGUGAACAGCUAUUUGCCAAGGCAGUAUAUACAUCAACAAUUGCCUUUUCGACGUUCCAGACUCCUGAAUGGAUAGAGUUCUUUAAAGCUCUUGACUUUAAGGUUCCUAAUCCUAAAAAGCUAGCUAAUAAGCUCUUGAAUCACUACUACGACCAGGUUAAGGAGGAAGUUCAGGAGGAAUUAACCAAGGACCGGGUAGAGAAGUGGUCAUCCUUUGCUACGGAUACUUGCGAUACUCAGCGCUCACUUUGGGCCUGUAUCCACUCCACCCCAGGGCUGGAACACGUCCACUCAGUCCCUUGUGAUUCUCACGGCUUACAGCUUAUUAUCAAGGAUCUCCUUGAUCUAAACAAAGACGGCAAUAAGGAGGUUAUCCCUUCAGCUCUCCGUGACUUUUUCAAGCUUCUUGCUAAGGUUAUAGCUUUCUUUGCUAGCUCAGGGAAGCAAUUGGCUUUGUUCCGCGACAUCCAAAGGUCAAAUACUAGUAAGGUCAAAGCCCUUAUUGCAACAGUUCUAACGCGAUGGGGGACUCAGGUCCGGCAGAUCAAGAGCAUCCUCGACAACGAAUUAGCACUCAAAUCCUUUGCUAUCCAUCCCGACACUACAAAGACGAUUAAUCCUAUUAUCUAA